AUGUUGAAACAUCAAAACCCUUUUGUUCUCUCAUUUUCAGCAUUGUUUUUCACAUUCAUUUGUCACUGUUAUGCUACGCAAUUCAUAGUGGGGGAUUCAGCAGGCUGGGUUAUUCCACCAUAUCCUACAUACUACAGUAAUUGGUCACACUCCCAGUUCAUAAGAGCAGGCGAUUCUCUAGAAUUCGAGUUCGACCCCAAAUUCUACAAUCUAAUUCAGGUAUCACAGUAUGAGUACGAGCAUUGCACAGCAUUUGAACCUCUAAAGGUAUUCAACAAUAGCCCAGCAAUUCUUCCAUUGAAGGAGAAAGGUAUGUUAUUCUUCACAUGCACCAUCUCAAACUAUUGUUGUCUAGGUCAGAAGAUUGCCAUUUUUGUCCAUGAACAAAAUCCUCCAUCACCACCACCAUCACCUUCUCAACCACCAAUCUCUCCACAUUUAUCACCAAAUGGAAGUGCUCCUCAAGCUCAUGGCAUAAGUAACCCUCCAGCUACACCUACAAUAAGUAAUGUGUCCCCUUCUCCAGUGCCAUCUUCCACUCAAGAGGAGAAGUCUAGUGCUGUGCCUUUGGUAUGUGAGACAAGUUUCAUUGUGUCUCUUGGUGCACUCUUAUUUGUGCUUGGUACUUUCUUCUUGGGAUUUUGGGUGAUAUAA